AUGGCGAGUUCGCAGCACGAUAUCGAUACGGAGGGUCAGCCCAAUUAUGAGGCUGGAUCCCCACAUGACGAUGAGAGCCAAGAAACCGCAGUCGAGGAUGAGCAGAAGCCGGAGAGACACACAUCUACUACCUGCGACAAUGAUCAAAAAACAGUCGCAUCCUCUACGUACGCUUCUGAGAAGAUGUCACUUUUCCACGAAUGCGUUUUCAUCGCAACGAUAUGCACGGCGCAAUUCACGACGCAAGUGGGUCUCACCCAAACAUUAGGCAUCUUGCAUCAGAUCGGCGAUAGCUUUGGCGUCACAAACCCCGGGGUCCUUUCUUGGUUCAUUGCUGGGUAUAGCUUGACAGCGGGAACCUUUAUCCUCGUUGCGGGUCGGAUCGGCGAUCUGUUUGGUUACAAAAAGAUUUUCGUCAUCGGCAUGCUAUGGUUUGCUGUCUGGAGCAUGAUUGCGGGACUCAGUGUCUAUUCGAAUGAGUACCUGUUUGUUUUCGCAAGGGUACUUCAGGGAUUGGGCCCGGCGGCUUUACUACCCAACGGGCUUGCACUUUUGGGAGUUUCCUAUCCGCCCGGGCCAAGAAAGAACAUGGCAUUCGCGUUAUUCGGCGCAUGUGCACCAGGCGGGGGUGUCUUCGGCUUCCUCUUCUCCGGUCUGUUUGAGUUAGCUUGGUGGCCCUGGACAUUCUGGAGUUUUGCGAUCGCGCUGGUCCUGUUGGCUGGCUUCAGCACCCUGGUCAUCCCAGCACAAUGUCGCUCGCAUGACCAAGAUAAGGGGCUCAGAGAGAAACUUCAAAUGCUCGAUAUCCCUGGAGCCAUCACUGGGGUCGCAGCACUGGUACUGUUCAACUUUGCGUGGAACCAAGGCCCAGCUUACGGUUGGCAACAAGCAUAUGUUUACGUCUGCUUGAUCCUUGGUGUCCUCUUCGCGGUUGGCUUUUUCUUCGUCGAGUCUCGCUGGGCUAAGAUGCCGCUUGUGCCCUUCAAGGUCUUCACAGGGGAUAUUAUCUUUGUGGUCGCCUGCAUCGCCUGCGGCUGGGCCUGCUUUGGUAUCUGGGUGUACUAUCUGUCACAGUUCAUCGAGGUGUUGAGGGGUGCACCGCCACUGCUCCUAGCCGCAUAUUUCUGCCCCGUGGCGGUCUCGGGCGCGUUUGCGUCCGUCGCGACAGGCUUCUUACUGCACCAUGUUCGCGCGGCGUGGGUUAUGACAUUCUCACUAACCUGCUUCAUGGUGGGAACUAUACUGGUGGCGACAGCGCCAGUGCACCGAACAUACUGGGCCCAGGUGUUUGUGUGCAUGUUGGUUAUCCCAUUCGGUAUGGACACGUCGUUUCCUGCGGCCACAGUUAUUUUCUCGAACGCUGUGAAGAAGGAGCAUCAGGGUAUGGGAGCGGCCUUGAUUGCUACUGUUGUGAAUUAUAGUAUCUCACUUGGAUUGGGAUUUGCGGGUACUAUCGAGGUGCAUAUUAACAAUGGUGGCAAAACACCUGCUGAUGUCCUCCUUGGGUAUCGCGGCGCUUGGUAUUUCGGAAUUGGCUUGACUGGGCUGGGCAUUGUGUUGAGUUUGAUUUUCGUCGCAAAGGGGUAUUGGCAGGACAAGAAAAAGCGGAGCUUUGAGGGACGUUAA